AUGUCUGAAUUAAUGGACCAAUUCUUGGAGCUGUCACCAUCUCCUCUGAUUCCGGUACUCCCCGAUGACCUCACCGUUGAUAUCGUGGCUCGUGUACCCAUAAGCCAUUACCCGACACUCUCCCUCGUCUCCAAGAAAUUCAGAAAACUCAUUGCCUCUCAUAAGCUCUACAAAAGACGAUCCCUGCUAGGCUGCAAAGAACACCGUGUCUAUGCUGUCCUCCGCAACAGCAAAACGGGUGAAGGCCGGUUCUGCAUCCUCCACAGGAAAGUCAACUGCAGUAACCGCUUGGUGGUUAUCGGAUCAAUUCCUCCCGUGUCUCCCCGUGGAAGCUUUGUUGCCGUGGGUUCGAAGACAUAUGUGUUUAACGAUGUUGAUGCCCUCAGCAUUGACUGUACCUCCCACACGGUGCAGCCCCUCCCUGACAUGCCUCAGCGCUUCUCGAAGUCUCCCAUUCCUAGUAAAUUUGCUAAUGUCAUCGACGGGAAGGUUUACCUGAUCGGUGAUUCCCGUUUGACUUGGGAUCGUGGGAUUUUGUGGGUAAAAACAGUGAUGGUGCUUGAUACCGAAACCCAAACGUGGGAGCUGCCGGUGAUGAUAAAACAUGACAUGCGGGUUGGUGCCAUUUGGUCUGAUUCUGUGAUGUUGGAGGGUAAGAUUUACAUGAAAGGUUUUAGGAAUGGUUAUUCUGUUGUUUAUGGACCAGAGGAAAAGAAAUGGGAAUCUAUGGACGAGGUGAUGAAUUCUAAGGGGUGGGAGGGUGCGUGUGUGAUUGACGAUGUUUUGUACUAUCACGAUUGUUCCGGGAAGGCGUUGAGGGCUUUUGAUCCAAAGCAGAAGAGCGGUUGGAGUGUUGUCAACGGUUUGGAAGACUUUUUGGCUGCUGAGACUACCCAAUCAAAGUGGUCCAAUGUGGUGAAGUGCGGUGAGAAGAAGUUGGCUCUCUUCUUUCCUAAAAAACAUGUCAUUUGCUUUGCGGAGAUUUCUUUGGAAAUGCGCCAAGGUGGAGAGAUUUGGGGUAAGCUGGAGUCUUGUGAUGUUGUGAUUGAGGAUGAGCUGUUAGACAUGGUCAAAUGUGUGGCUGUCAUGGUUUGA